UCGUCAUGUGAUUUCCCGCAAUAUUGCGGACGUCGGUUUACAUUACUUCGGAGACACGUUAAUGUAUUAGGUGACAAGCUGGUGUUAACGUUUCCACCAAAUAAUUCUUAUACAUAAACGAAAAAAAGAAUAGGAAAACAAUAUGAAAAAUCAAGCCUGUUAGAAGAGAAUAUGAAUUUUUUUAAGUGUAACUUAGAAGAAUUAUUUAAUUAAUUGUAAAUAAGAAAACAACGAUUGAUGUGAAUACAUCCUGUGGAUAAGCGCAUAAUGCCUCUAUUUGGUAAAAAGAAGAGAGAUGCAGCAGGUGAACACACGAAUGGUGAUUCCGAAGGAUACACCUCCAGUAACGCGGGAUCUAAUGGAAGCGGUGGACAACACGAAAUUCAAAAACCUCGUUUGGUCUUCCAUUGCCAACAGGCACAAGGUAGCCCGACGGGCAUUAUUUCUGGCUUCACUAAUAUCAAGGAGUUAUAUCAAAAGAUAUGUGAAUGCUACGAUUUCCCUGUUACGGAUAUACUCUUUUGUACUCUCAACACUCAUAAAGUGGAUAUGACAAAAUUGCUUGGAGGACAAAUAGGAUUAGAAGAUUUCAUUUUUAUACAUAGGAAAGGACAAGCUAAAGAAGUGGAAAUUACAAAAACAGAAGAUGCGUUGGGCUUAACUAUAACUGAUAAUGGUGCAGGGUAUGCAUUUAUUAAGAGGAUUAAAGAAGGCAGUCUGAUUGAUAGAAUUGGAUUCAUCCAGGUGAGAAUGUAUAAAGUUAAAAAUAAUUUUUUUUAACAAUACUGUUUUGUU